UUCGGGACAGACAACACGUUCAGUCAACCACUAGCCGCCGUUCGAGGUGGAGUACCACUACUAGACGACUAUCACUCCUACCCAUUACUACUGUUCAUACUACUGCUACUUUCUAGACAGCUGGGGAAUCAUCCUUAGACCUUGAUGACCAGUGUAAAAGGAGGACUCUCAAUACAACUUCCCCACAACACGCCCCCUCUCACGAACACCUCAGUGACUCCUUCGCAGACGCUCCCACACAAUGCAUUUCGAGGACCUUCUGGAGGAGAUCGGGUCCUUCGGCCUGUACCAGCGCGUCCUUUGCUUCGUCCUCAUCCCUUUCAGCACCGGGAUGUGCGCCCUGACCUUCUACUCCCAGCUCUUCAUCCUGACGGCGCCGCCCCACGUGUGUCGUCAAGGCGUAGGACCUGAAGUAGGAGAUGCUGGGGCUUUCUUGGAGAAGGUCGCCGAGCUGCUCAACACCACUGACCAUGACAGCAGUGCCAUGAAACCCUACACCUGCCAUCGGUUUAGUGCCAACGAGAGCCUGGCACCGGGUCAGUUCAUGAAUGUGACCUCGCUAGGGCAGCUGCCUUCGCCCGAUGUGCCCUGCGACAGCGGCUGGGACUACGACUAUGGCACGUUGUUCUCGUCCCUCACGUCUGAGCAUGACUGGGUAUGUGACGAAGCUUGGCGGCCGUACCUGGUGGUCACAGCGUUCUGGGUUGGCAACACUAUAGGCUCUUGGAUCUUCGGAACUAUAUCGGAUGUAUACGGCCGACGCCCAACGAUCCUGAUGAUCGCCCUGGUCUACGGCGUUGCGGGCGUCGCCUCGGUCUUCGUCAGCGACUUCUACGGGUUUCUUUCGUGGAUCCCUGAGUCCUCUUCUUGGCUCAUAGCACGUGGUCGCUCCCAGCUGGCUACUAAACAGCUGGAAAAAGUAGCCAAGGUUAACAAACGGACGCUUCUAGGUGAGAGAGUCAACCAGCUGAUUUCUGAAGGCGGAGACAAAUCUGACGAAGCAGCUGGAGAGGUGGCCAGCCGGUCUGUGAUACAGUUGGUGAGGUACCGCCACCUGAGGAACAGCAUUUUGCUCGUGCUGUUGGUGUGGAUGUUAGGAUGCAUGUGUUACUACGGGCACUGCCAGAACACCGCGCACCUGGGCUCCAACAUGUUCACAAGCUAUCUACUCGGGGCGGCGGUCGAGAUCCCGUCGUGGUCGGCGCCUUGGCUCAUCAACCGGCUGGGUCGACGUCUUCCUCUCACCGUCUUGUUCCUGCUCUCCGGUGGCGCCAGCGUCCUGUAUGCCCUCGUGCCCCUGGACAUGGAAUGGUUGUCCCUGACCCUGGCGCUGGUGGGCCGCUCGACGAUCACAGGGGCGUACUACAUCACCCUCCAGUACGGCCCCGAGGUCUUCCCGACGGUGGUGAGGGGCCAGGGGGUGGCUCUGGCCGAGACCCUGGGAGGCAUCGCUAUCUUCCUGUCGCCCUCCAUCGUCUACCUGGGUGAGAUUCUCACGACACUGCCGCUCCUGGUGUUCGGAGGGCUGUCGGUGAUUGGAGGAGCCGCCACGCUUUUCCUGCCGGAGACGAACGGCGUGGUGCUGCCCCAGACGCUGCCUCAGGCGGAGAAGUUCUGCCACCGCGCCGCCCGACCCUUCUGCAGGUCGAAGAUUGAAGAGGAGACGGAGAUGGAAGCAGCGACUUAAUAAAAAGAGAAGGGACGAAUUGCAUAAAGUAUGGGAAAAUGACAAAGAUAUGACUGAAUAUGACAAACACAUACACACACACACACACACACACACACACACACACACACACACACACACACACACACA